GGAGACACUGAUAUCUGAUUGAGGGAAUAUUUUAAGGAAAAAAAUUAGACAUCCCGCCGUCUGUGCAAAGGUAUUCGAUUUCAUUUCAGCAAGGAUAUCAAAGUGUAGAAAGUAAAGGGAGACAUACUGUAAAUAUCACACCGGAGAUACACAUGUUAUUUAUGGAUAAAAGUUAAUCGGGGAGAAAAAAAUCCAAAUGAUUCAUAAUUACUGGAGAGAUGAAGAGUGUGGAAUAAAUUUCAGCGGAACCUAUUCUAUGUCUGAGAUAGCAGAUGAAGUUAACUUGUUGCUUUGUUUGAUGUGGAGAAUCUACAAUCGCCUGUCAUUUCAUGGAAUCUUACCUUUCACCAUUGUUUACUUGGAGGCUGUGUAGGCUAAUGUGUGUUUUGAGUCUACUUUGUAGAAACAUUUGUUGUCUGGAGUGUUGGAAAUGUAUAGGUGGGGAAUGUGGUGGUGAAGAAUUCGAAGAAUAUUCACAGAAAGUUAACUGCGCCAAGGAAGAUUCUUGUAUGAAAGUUGUAUAUGAGAUGAAAGACUACUCCUCAGAUGUGAAGUACGAAUCUGUUGUGAGAACGUGUUUGAAAAGUCCCUGUGUUCCAGUCACCAAAGAGACAUUUAAUGCAUGUCGAAGAAAAAUUCGAUCUUACAAAUAUUAUGGAUGUUCGAUACGAUCAUGUUGUAAAUCGGAUUUAUGUAACACUGCCACCGGAAUGCUUUGUUGGAAUCCUUACAUUUGCUUCUAUUUGUUAACAAUGUUGCUUUGUAGAAUGUGACCUAUUGUGUAAGUGUUUUUUAUAAUAAUGAAUGAAAUGAUAAGA